AUGUCGACACCCACUUCAACACCCCAAGAAAAGGACACAGACGACAACAAUAACAACAACAACAUGAUGGAUGGCCUGGCUCCUAGAGAUGAGGAGGCUGGCUUUAAGGAAUCCACUGUUCCUCCAUGGCGUUUCUGGGCUGUCAGUGUUGGGCUGUGUCUCGGUCUCUUCCUCGCCAUGCUCGACUCGUCCAUUGUGGCAACCAGCCUCCUCGCCAUCGGUGAGGAGUUCAGAGAAGUCGAGAACAUCAACUGGGUCGCCCUCGCCUACAGCCUGGCGUAUCUCGGCUGCGCCGUCAUGUUCUCGCGCCUGACCGAUGUCGUCGGCCGCCGCGAUGCCUUUCUCGGGGCCUUUUUCGUCUUCUUCGCCUUCUCUCUCGGCUGCGGGUUUGCCCAGAGCCUGAACCAACUCAUUGCAUUCCGUGCUCUGCAAGGGGUCGGUGGAUCGGGCCUGUACUCCAUCACCAUGAUUGUCUGGGCCGAGCUCGCGCCAGAUCACCUCAAACAAUACAUUGCAGGCCUGAUUGGUGUCGUCAUCGCCGUUGCCGGAGUUAUGGGCCCGGUUCUCGGGGGCAUACUGACACACUAUGCCUCUUGGAGAUGGGUCUUUUGGAUCAAUGGACCGAUUGGAGCUGCCUCCAUGGCCGUAUUCUUCUUCACCUGGCCGAAUGCCAAAUACCUUCCCGACCUCGAGAGGCGAUCUUGGAAGACCAUCGACUUUUUGGGCACCUUUUUGCUGAUAGCCGCUGCCGUCCUUGUCACUUUUACGUUCCAGAACGCCAGCAGAAACACCAAGCAAUGGGGCAGUGCAGUAUUUCUGGUUCCUCUCAUCGUCGGUAUCUUCUGCUGGUUCGGCUUGUUUCUAUGGGAGUGGUGGGUCGAGAGGCGAUGGGGAGGCAAGAUGCUCGCUGCCUUUCCUCUGCAACUCCUGCGGAAUCGAGUGUACAGCGCAACUCUUAUCAACGACACGAUGCUCGGCUUUGCCUAUAUCAUGAUCAUUUAUGCAGUGCCUAUGAAGCUGCAGGUCGUCAAUGGCAAAAGCGCCUUGGUCGCUGGCAUCAUGCUCCUGCCCCUGCUUGGUGGUGUGGCGAUUGGCAGUCCAGUGGCAGGCUUCAUCAACAAAGACAAGAACCGGUUCUGCGAGACCAUUGUCGUGGCAUCGUGCCUCAUGCUGCUGGGAUGCGGCCUUGAGACGACCCUGUCCGACUCGUACCACCUGCAAGCCAAGGCGCUCGGCUUUCUCGUUCUCAUUGGCUUCGGAUUUGGCCUCUCUGCUGCUCCAACGACAAUGAUAGCAAUGCUUGAAUCGCCCAUUCAUGAACACGCUCCAUCUCAGGGCAUCAUCGCCCAAUUCCGCAUCCUCGGUGGCUCUCUCGGCAUCGCUGCAUCUUCAGCCAUCCUCGCGGUGCAGACAGAAAAGGCGGGCCUCUCACCACACGCAGUCCAGGGCUCCACGGGGCCGAGCCAGGCGGUCCGGACGGUCUAUGCCGAGGCCUUCACCCAAGACCUCAGGGUGUGCACGAUUGUUAUGGGCGUUGGCGUCUUGGCGGCCCUGGCACCAAGCUCAACUCUCGUUCCUUCUCCCCCAAGCAGCUCUUCUCCCCCCCUCCUCCGUAUGUCCGCUGCAACCAGAACGCUCUUCAACACCCUCCGUCACAUCGCCCCCUUUCCCGGCCUCAGCCGAAGCACAUUCCGCAGCAGUACCAUCCGGCACCGCGUCCCCGGGUCCUCGCUCCUCAGCCGCAUCGUCACCAGCCCCGGCGCCGCCACCGCCGCAGUCAGGAUGUCGUCGUCGACGGCCGCCGCCAAGCGCCUCCAGGGCAAGACGGUGCUCAUCACGGGCGCCUCGUCGGGCAUCGGCAAGAGCACGGCCCUCGAGUUCGCGCGCACGGCGCCGCAGAACGGCCUCAAGGUCGUCCUGACGGCGCGCCGCGUCGAGGCGCUCCGGGAGCUCGCGGCGCAGAUCGACGAGGAGACGUCGGGCGGCGUCAAGGUCCUGCCCGUCCGGCUCGACAUCAGCAAGCCGGACGAGGUGCGGGGGUUCGUCGGCGGCCUGCCCGAGGAGUUCCGGGACAUCGACGUACUUGUCAACAAUGCCGGCCUCGUCAAGGGCGUCGACAAGGCACCCGAGAUCAAGGAGGAGGACAUCAACGUCAUGUUUGCGACCAACGUCACGGGCCUCAUCAACAUGACGCAGCAGAUCCUGCCCAUCUUCCUCAAGAAGGGCUCCGAGGGCGGCGCCGGCGACAUCAUCAACGUCGGCAGCAUCGCCGGCCGCGACCCGUACCCGGGCGGCAGCAUCUACUGCGCGACCAAGGCCGCCGUGCGCAGCUUCACCGAGAGCCUGCGCAAGGAGCUCAUCGCCACGCGCGUGAGGGUCAUUGAGAUCGACCCCGGCCAGGUCGAGACGGUAAUGCCGCCUUUCUUUUCCUUCAUCGCCUUGCCGCAGAGAUCGGAUGGCACUGACAAAGGGCAAAUGCAGGAGUUCUCGGUCGUGCGGUUCUACGGUGACAAGUCCAAGGCCGAUGCUGUCUAUGCGGGCUGCGACCCUCUUACGCCCGACGACAUCGCAGAAGUCAUUGUCUUUGCUGCCACCCGUCGCGAGAACGUUGUCAUCGCCGACACUCUGAUCUUCCCUCAGCACCAGGGCUCUGCCGGCAUGGUCCACCGCAAGUCGAAUCUUUAG